AUGGAUUGGGCUGAUAUAAAUCUUGCGGAUACCAACACAUCAGAGGAACCUGAUAAACUCCUAACAACUUUUCAGGACAUUUUCAAGGCAGAAAUUGGUAAAAUAAAUUCAGAACAAGGACAUAUACAGCUAAAGGAAGGAGCUAAACCAAUUUUUGUUAAACCCCGACAAGUACCUUAUGCUCUAAGGAAAGCUGUUGAAGAUGAGCUACAUAGACUAGAGAGCAGUGGUAUAAUCUCCAAAGUUGAAAACUCGCAAUGGGGAACACCAAUUGUUCCGGUAAAAAAGCCUAAUGGAAGUGUAAGGCUCUGCGCUGACUACAAGGUAACAGCCAACAAACUAAUAUUAGAUGAGAAGUACUCUAUACCUCGCAUUGAUGACAUCUUUACACACAUGAACAAAGGGAAAUUUUUCUGCACCUUGGACAUUAGUAAUGCCUAUUUGCACCUUCCAAUGGAUGAAGAAUCAAGAGAAAUACAAACCAUAAGUACUCAUUUAGGUUUGUUCAAAGUCAAUCGCCUAAUGUUCGGCAUAAAAGUAGCUCCAAGUAUAUGGCAACUAUUUAUGGACAAGGUUCUCCAUGGACUAGAAGGAACUGUAUGUUUCUUUGACGACAUACUCAUUCAAGGGAGCACAUUCCAAGAAACUAUGAGUCGACUAAAAGAGGUUUUUCAAAGAAUUAGACAAUAUAACUUACGAUUGAAUCAGGACAAAUGCAAAUUCUUCAAGAAAAGUGUGAAGUAUCUAGGCCAUGUUAUAGACGAGAAUGGUCUUCAUAAAUCACCUGACAAUGUUGAAGCUAUACGUAAAGCAAAGAGACCAGAAGAUGUCACUCAACUAAGAAGUUUCCUAGGACUCACAAAUUACUACACUCGAUUUGUGCCUAACAUGUCAACCUAUCUGGAACCAUUAAAUAAUGUACUAAGACAUGGAAAGAAGUUUACAUGGAAUAAGGAGUGCGAGGAUGCCUUUGUGAAGAUCAAAGCUGAAAUCACCAGUGAACGAAUAUUAGCUCAUUAUGAUCUGAGUGAAGCAUUGUACGCCUACAAACGUCACCCGGUCGUGGUUAUCUUUAUCUAA